AAUGUUUACAAAUAUAGUGAUUGUGUCAGUGAUUGCUCUUUAGUGACAACACAACAGAUGUUUUACAUUUGUAUCCGAUUGUCACCUAAUAAUCACUGACAUUGUCAUCAAAAAUGAUUUACAAUUAAGAGUUUGUCAUUUUCUUUUCAAAUCUGAUGACCAUUUUUUGCCAAAUUAUAACAAAUGAUAGCAUUAAUUGAUAGCUUUUAACUGAAAGACGAUAUGAGCGACGAUAAGACUACUGAUAACCAAUUGGAGGACAUCUCUGCCAAGGAUUUACCACCAGAUAAGCCUUUAGUGACAUCAGACCAAAAAGAUAGUGACGUUUGCGCCUCAUUUGACGACAUCUCUCUGUGCGACCACAGUUCGGCCACCGAUGAAAUUGUGGACAACCAAACAAAUGCUAAUAAUGAUAAUGAGAUGAUUUGUGAGAUAAAUGAAGAUAAAUUGUCGAUGGAUUUGAUCUUAAAUGAUGAUAUCCUUAACAAUGAAGACGAUGGCAACGACUCAACCGAUUUAGAGAUAACUAAAGAUAUGAAUACCAAGAAUGGAUUAAUGUUUGAUAUUAGACUUAUUGAAGACAAAUAUGAGAGUCAAAUACUUUGUCUGCAAAGAGAAAGAAAUGAUUUACAGAACCAAUUGGAAGACUCUAAGAAAGGUUUCUCUGAAAAGGAGUCUAUGUUUAAUGAGAUGAAGAAUCGUCUGAAGGAAAACUUGGAGAGAAUUACUAAACAGAAGGAUUUGACACAAAAAGAAUUAGAGUCUAUGGUUAUUAAGUACGCAAACAAUGAAAAAGAGGUCAUUCUUCUCAAGAAACUUAGAGAUGAUUACGAGAAAAAGUUUAGAGAUAUAUUAAAAGAUAAAGAAGGUCUCAGAUUGAGAAUUAAAACGUUAACUACAGAGAAGACACAAGUGAUGACCAGUUUUGAUAAGAAAGUGUCAGAACUUACGACAGUUCAGAAAGAGUUCGAUAAAAUUAAGGAUGAGCUCAAAGAUAGAGAUAAUAAAUGGAAACAAACGACUAAUAAAUUCAAUGAUGAAGUGAUGGCUCACAUCGAGACACAGUCUAAACUCGAGACGACCAACAAAAAGACAAUGGAGUUAAUGACAGAAUUGGAGAGUUUGCGACAAAAAGUAGACAACUUAUUGAACACUAAUAAUAUUGAAUCUGUAAAUAACGAUAAUUGUGAUGAAAGUGAUGACAUUGUCAUUUCAAAAAUAGAUAAAUUAAAUAAUGAAAUUGAAAUUUAUAAGAAAAAAGUGAAUAUUUUUACUGAAGAAAAUCAAAGUUUAACCACAAAAAUCCAAAAUCUUGAGAGAGAACGACUUGAUUACGAACACAGUGUUAGCAAAUGGAAACAAUCAGUCAAUGAAUUGGAAAUACAAAUGACUGAAUAUGUGGCUAAACUUAGAGAUAAAGAACAACUUUAUCUUGAGUUAGACAAACAAAAACAAUUAUCAACAGAUUUGCAGAAAGAAAUUGAAAGAUUAAAGUCUGCUAACAACGAGUUGAGAGCUGAGAUGGAGUCGUGUCGACAUAAAGAAGGAGAACUUCUUGAGUUUACCGAACGCUUGACCGCUAAGACUGUUAAUCUGCAGUCCGAACACAAUCUUUUGGAACAGAAAUCUCAGUUACUUAAAGACGAUAUCGAAAGACAGCAAAAGCAAUGCGAAGAUUUAACUAAAGAAAACUCAACACUAAAUGAAACAAUCAGACAAAUGAAAGAAUUGCAUCAAAAAGAGAUUCAACUUUUAGCCAAAAAAUUGGCUGAAAAGACUAAACUGAGUGAUGAACUUAAAGUUAAAGUCGAAGAAUUAGAAAAUGAAAUCCGAAUCAAUAAAAGGAAACACAUUACCAGUAUUAAAGAACUCAAUAAAGAGUUAGUUUCAAUGAGAAAGCGAACCGAACACUUGGAUGUCGGUUCCAAUAAUAGCCAAACUGAUGGUGUGAGUCUUGGCUCACGAACAAGUUCUUUGAAUUCAUUGAAUGAACCAUUAAGUUCAUCGCACACUUCCAACACAUCUCAUUCAUCACAAGCACAGACAUCUAAGCCAUCAGUGAGUUGUAGUCAUCAAACAAAUAGUACCAAUAGUACUGAUUCAGUCAACAGUUCUGAUACUUCCACUUACAAUAUGACGGCUUUGCCAGACGUCGACAAACAGCUAUUAAUUGAUCGCAUCAUAAAAUUUCAGAAACAAUUAGAAAAGAAAAAUGAAAAAAUAGAGUUUUUUGAAGAACAUAAUCAUCAACUCUUGGAAGAGAUGAAGAAAAAAUCAAAAUUAAUUCAAUUUUAUAUAAUGAGAGAGGAAUCCGGAGCUUUGUCUACCUCAUCAAUGGAUAAUCAUAAACACCAAUUAGCCAAACGUGGCACUGGUAUCAUGUCUUCGCUAUAUAACAGCGCUCCCAAUGACGCCAAUAUGACACUAGAAUUGUCUCUUGAGAUCAACAAGAAAUUACAGGCAGUCUUAGAGGAUACUAUUUUAAAGAAUAUCACAUUAAAAGAAAAUCUUAAUACAUUGGGAGUUGAAAUUGAGAGACUUUCCGGAAGGAAAAAGUGAUUCAAUUGUUAUUUUUAACUUAAAAUUUAUUUAUUUUUAUGUACUG